AGCCCUGUGACGUGGGUAAUGUGUCUCUUCUGUACCACCACCCAUUCACAGGCCGGAAACUAGGCCAUACUGAAACGACUCGCCUGAGAUGGCAGCGCCAGCAGCCAACAGGGCUGGCCUGAACCCAAGUCCACAUGGCUCCAAGCUUGUUCUCCAUACCUCCGUGAUGGCAACGGAUUCCUAAUGCAAGCCUUCCUGAGCACAGAGUCCCUUUUGGGAGUCAGUUAUGCAUGCAUGAGAGGCAGUUGAGAAACCCGGGAUUUGGAGACGACAAAGCAGAGCCUGACAGCACUCCCUGAUGAGAGCCAGCCAUCUCCAGACUGCCCAGCCAAAGCCUCACCCUGGAAACUGAAAGUAUCCACUUGAAGAGGGAAAAAACACUGAGGGGAAAGUAGGCCAACUGGCCUCCAACAAAGGUGGAGUGUGGCCAAAUGCCAGUAUGGACAGAAUAGCUUAUGAUGCUUAUCCCCGCCCACCACUUCCGAGACAUUGAGCGGAAGCCAGAAUACCUCCAGCCAGAGAAGUGUGUCCCACCUCCCCACCCCAGCCCUGUGGGAACCAUGUGGUUUAUCCGCGACGGCUGUGGCAUUGCCUGUGCCAUCGUCACCUGGUUUCUGGUCCUCUAUGCGGAGUUUGUGGUCCUCUUUGUCAUGCUGAUUCCAUCCCGAGACUACGUGUACAGUGUCAUCAACGGAAUUGUGUUCAACCUGCUGGCCUUCUUGGCCCUGGCUUCCCACUGCCGGGCCAUGCUGACGGACCCCGGGGCAGUGCCCAAAGGAAAUGCCACUAAAGAAUUCAUUGAGAGUUUACAGCUGAAGCCGGGGCAGGUAGUGUACAAGUGUCCCAAGUGCUGCAGCAUCAAGCCCGACCGCGCCCACCACUGCAGUGUUUGUAAGCGGUGCAUUCGGAAGAUGGACCACCACUGUCCCUGGGUCAAUAACUGUGUCGGCGAGAACAACCAGAAGUACUUCGUCCUGUUUACAAUGUACAUAGCUCUCAUUUCCUUGCACGCCCUCAUCAUGGUGGGAUUCCACUUCCUGCAUUGCUUUGAAGAAGAUUGGACAAAUCUCCUGCAAGCCUUUGGACUGACCAGGAAAGAAACAGCAGAGGUCCGAAUCUUUCUUCACGAAAAAAAGCAGCCCCUUAAAGUCAGUUCCACAGAGUGCAGCUCCUUCUCGCCGCCCACCACGGUGAUCCUCCUCAUCCUGCUGUGCUUUGAGGGGCUGCUCUUCCUCAUUUUCACGUCGGUGAUGUUCGGGACCCAGGUUCACUCCAUCUGCACGGACGAAACGGGCAUUGAGCGCCUCAAACGAAAGAACCAGCCCAGGGAACACACUGGCAGCUGGAAGACAGUCAAAGAGGCCUUUGGUGGGGACUUUUCCCUGAACUGGUUCAACCCCUUCUCCAGACCACGUCAUCCAAAGCCUCUCAGUGACAGGGACUGGGUGCGACAGGUGGCAUCGCUGUCAGACUUGGAGAACACAGAGACAACAGAGGAGCAGACGGAGGAGAGGAAGGACACGGACUCUGCGGAGAGGCCCAGGCCAGCCCCGGGGGCAGCGCCCCCUCUCAGGUCAGCGAGGGGACAACUCUAAGGAAGCCUCUUCUCUACCAUUUCUGGCCUGGGAGGCAGACCCAGAGGCUUUAUAGUGUAGAAGACCACACACACUCCUCCAGCUUAUUAUGAAAGGUCAGAAGGUCCAGAAGUGUGGGGCCCAGGUUCCUACCCUGUCUUGGUUAGCCGAGACGAGUGGCAGCACCCACUCCUGUUCAUCCAUGACACCCACCGCCAACUGGUCCAUCCAGUUCGAGUCUGCACCCCCCUGGUCUAUGGACUUCUUCACUCACCAGCACCCUGGGGGAAGACAGCGUGGCCUCUGGAGCCAGACAGACCUGGGUCCCCUUAAGCACUCAAGCCAUCAUCUGUCCCUUCUCUUACUGUUCAGCCCAUUUGACUCUCACAGCCAUCCCAACCAAUGGACAGGUAACAUUAUCCCCACUUUAUAGAUGAGGAAACUGAGGCUCAGAUUCUGAGGCUUGUCAAAGGCCAGUCCCCAACUAAUUAGAAUAAACUGGCCCCAGGAUGGCACUCACAAAUCUGGGACCCCAAGCUUUGAUGCUUUCGAUGACAGUCACUUCCCUGGACCUCAGUUUUCUCAAAUGUAAAGCAAGGUGCUGGUUUCCGGGGCCUCUUCCAACUCCGACCUUUCACAAGCCCUCCUGGCCACCCUUGCCUGGGGGUACAUAUGCUCUUGCUCCAUGGGCAUGAGCAACAGUUGUCUCCUGUAUGAAAAUCCAAGAGGAACAUCUGUUUUACGAUGAAUCACAUGAAUCACCCAGCCUCUCAUGAUUACAGUGUGGUCUGGGGCCGCAACACCAGCAACCCCUCGGAGCCUGUUAGAAACAGUCUCUGAGCGCACACACAGCCUUUGGAGUCGGAAUACCACCCAUUUUUACAAAACUUCAGUUAAUUGGUCUGUACCUUAAGGUCUAAGGAAAAUAGUAAUCUACCGGUUUUUCCUUGGAGUAUUCAGACACCCUAUAAGAAACAGACCAUCAGAAACCUUUCAGGAACAAACCUUUAGAGUUUGGUCAAGUCCUUUGCUGGGUAUCAGCAUAUCAAAAUCGUUUGCAUGCAGUCCAGCAAGCAAUUACAAAAUAUAAUGAAAAAUAUUUCAUUCACAAAAGCUAUAAAAACAUCUCAGAAGUAACCCAACUAGGAAUGUGAGAGUUAUAUACAAAGGAAACAGUAAAACUUAAAUGUAACAAAGACAACCUGGUAAAUGGAAUAAUAUCCCACAUACCUGGAUGUAAGACUCAUUGUCAUUUGGCUUGGUUCUCCCCAAAUAAACUGAUAAAUUCAAUGCUGUACAAAUCUCAA